AUGUCCGUUGCUGCGUCUGGAGUUUGGAGGAACAACAGUUUCAGAGACGCUCCUCUGUCCGACCAGGGAGAAACCAUCAUCGGGAUCUACCUCCUGCUGCUGGGUUGGCUCUCGUGGUUCGGGAACAGUCUGGUUCUGGUGGUUCUCCUGAGGCAGAGAAGUUCUUUGGGUCCUUCGGAGGUUCUCACGUUGAACUUGGCUGUGUCCGACGCCUCCAUCGCCGUCUUCGGUUACUCCAGAGGAAUCCUGCAGGUGUUCAACCUGUUCCACCACACGCACCUGUUCAUCUCACACGUGUGGACCUGCCAGGUGGACGGGUUCUUGACUCUGGUGUUCGGUUUGAGCAGCAUCAACACUUUAACUCUGAUCAGUGUCAACAGAUACUUGAAGGGCUGUGACCCCCACAGAGCUUGGUUUGUGUCUCGCAGCAGUACGUGUGUGGCUCUGGUUCUGGUCUGGUCUGUGUCGGUGUUCUGGUCCGGAGCGCCGCUGUUCGGAUGGGGCAGCUACAGAGACAGGGGCUAUGGGACGUGUGAGGUGGACUGGGCCCAGGCGGCGGUCUCGGUCCUGGCCCGGUCUUACAUCUGGGCUCUGGUCGUGACCCAGUUCUUUGUUCCGGUUCUGGUCAUGAUCUUCUGCUACGUGUCAAUCAUCCGGACGGUGAAACGAGGCCACGCCCUCUCGUCCGAGCGCGACGAGCUGAGCGACCGACAGAGGAAGAUGGAGCGCGACGUGACCAUAGUGUCCAUCGUGAUCUGCACGGCGUUCAUCUUGGCGUGGUCCCCGUACGCCGUGGUCAGUCUGUGGUCGGCGUGCGGUUUUGCCGUUCCAAACCUGACCAGCAUCUUCACGCGGCUCUUCGCCAAGUCCGCGUCCUUCUACAACCCGCUCAUUUACUUCGGACUCAACUCCAAGUUCAGACGAGACGUGUUCGUGCUGCUGCCCUGCGCCAGGAACCCGACCAGGACCAAGACCGGGCUCAGACCGGACCAGGGACCCAGGCGGAGACCCAAGCACCGCCCCAAACUGCCCCCAGACCCCGCCCACCAGCUCGAGGUGCCCAACCCCUACCCCCCCCUCCCCGAAGCCCACAUGCCCUCCCCUUCCGAGACCGGCUCCGACUUCGAGUGCGCCCGACUCCGAGUGUUUCCGGAGACUCCCGAGCGCAGCCGAGUGUUUCCGGAGACUCCCGAGCGCAGCCGAGUGUUUCCGGAGAUUCCCGAGCGCAGCCGAGUGUUUCCGGAGAUUCCCGAGCGCAGCCGAGUGUUUCCGGAGAUUCCCGAGCGCAGCCGCGCGGUGGAGCGGUGCGGUGCUCCGGGGGCAGAGGCGCGCUGUGGCCGCGGAGGAGGCGCUCUGAUGCGGCAGCGAACCAAGACCCAGGACCCGGAUCAAGACCAGACCCAGAAUCCAAGACCUGCACCUGCCCCGGCUCUGCUCAGUGACCCCUGA